CCUUCCCCCUUAUAUAUCAGCAGUGCUGUCUUGUGCACUUGGUCUCUAAAAACAUCAUCAUCUCUUUGCCAUCUCUCUCUCUCUCUACACCCAACAGCUAUGGUGUCCUUAGAAACUGGUCAUCCACCUCCCAGAGCCAGUGAUGCUGCAGCCUCAAGCCCCAGGAUCUCAUUCUCUGCUGAGUUCCUGGACGAAAAGAGCUUCAUCUCCAUCAGCCCCAAAGCGCACCGCGAGAAAGAGCGUGAGAUGGACAUCGACAAAGCUGAGUUCGAGUUCCUCUCCACUGACGUGAGCCUCGACUCGAUGCUCUCCGCCGAUGAGCUCUUCUGCGAGGGGAAGCUGCUGCCCUUUUGGCAAAUGCAGCAGUCCGAGAGGCUGAACAAGAUCAGCCUCGGUACCAAGGACGGUGACGGUGGCAGCGGCGACGAGGAACGUCGCGGCGAAGCGGCUAAGGACAACAAGGAACAAAGCAAGGCGAAUUGGUUCUUGGACGACGACCCGUCCCCGAGGCCGCCCAAGUGCACCGUCUUGUGGAAGGAGCUGCUGAGGUUGAAGAAGCAGCGAGCCAACUCCUCGCUGUCGCCGUCGUCCUCGUCUUCGUCAACGUCGUCCUCUUCGAACUCAAUGGCCGAUGCGGCUGCCAAAGACGAGAAGAAGGAGGCAGCGGCCACUCGGACUGGGGAGAAGCAAGCGAAGAGGAUAAGGAAAGGGCUGGAGAGGACGAGGUCGGCGAGCAUCAGGAUCAGGCCAAUGGUCAACGUGCCGAUCUGCACGCCGGCGAAGAGCAGCACAUUGCCGCCUUUGUUUCCCUUAAAGAAAGGGAGAUUAGAUAGGUGAAGAGCCGAAGACGAAGAUGAGGAGGAACUCGGUAUUGUCAAAUGUAGAGAGAAUUAAUGUCAAUAAGUUUAUCGUUCAACCCUUUUCUUUUCUAGUCCUAUCAUUUCUGAAGCCGUUUGUUUCGAAGUCUUUUCUGUGUUGCUUCCUCGCAUCCGAUGAUUUUUGAGUGUAGAUGCCGACUUUUCUGCUCAACGAACCGGUUGCAUCC